CCUAAGCUUCAUCGUCAUCCUUCCCGCCUACCAUGGUGAAGAAAUGGUUAAAAUGAUAAUGCCAAAGCGCUUCGUGGAAAAAACAGGGAUUGCAACGAAGAGAUAUAUACCACUAAAGGAUGAGAAGGGAAGGACAUGGCGGAUCGAAAUACAUAAGAAACAUGGCGAGUUUUUAAUGCAUGGGGAAUGAGCGCAUUUUUAUGCAGCCAACAUGCUAGCCAAGGGGUACAUUUGUAGACUAAUUACCUCGUGAACUGGGAUUCAAGAAUCCUGUACAAGAUAAUGUCCGACGACCCAAUCGGCACAGACUCCGACGGCUCCCCGGUGUACAGAGUCGCCUUCUCCGUCUUCCACGAGACCUCCGGCGAGCGGAGCUUUGUCGCCCUGAAGACGGUCAGUUCCGGUUCCUCUGUACCCGAAACCCUUUCAAGAAACCUGAAUCUGCCCGGAGACCACAAGAAUCUGACCCGAGUUGAGGCCCACUUCGACGACGGCGCCACCGGAGACCUCUGCAUCGUCACUCCGUUCUUCGAGCCCGGCUCUCUCCGGUCAGCCAUGGCCGCCAAAUUCCCCCACGGGCUUCCGGAGGACUGUAUUUCCGUUUCCCUGAGAUGCGCUCUGAAAGCCCUCCGGUUUCUCCACAGCGCCGGGGCCCUCCACGGAGACAUCCACGCCGGGCACAUUUACCUGAAGAGCGGGCCGCAGAUCACGCUGGGCUUCGGGGCCACGCUCUACGAGCACGGGGCUUCGGAUUCCCGGGCAGAGUGUUCCUCUUCCUCUUCCCUGCCCGCCACCCAGAUUUCGACCUGGGCAGCUGCCCCGGAGGUAUACAACAGCGAGGACUCCCGCGGCUACUCUGAGAAAUCGGACAUUUGGCUCGUUGGAAUCACAGCUCUGGAAUUGGCCUACGGAAGGGUCAGCGUCCCAAACCGCGAAACCCUGGAAAUGACAAUCAGGACAAUAACCGAGACGAAAAGGCUUCCGAAGAAGCUCGGACCGGAGGGGCAGCAACGGGCAGUAGCAGCGGGCAGGGACGACAGGAAGGGAAAGGCAAAGAUGGAAACGACAGAUUUUGAAGAAGAAGAAGAAGGGUCUUCGUUUUCGAGGGAGUUUGGGGAAUUGGUGGCACAAUGCCUGGCAUGGAACCCUGAAGAAAGGCCUUCAGUUGAUGCCCUUCUGAACCAUGAUUUCUUCUGCAAAAACGGGCUGUCAAGGCGCGAGCUGAAGUCGAACUUCCAACACGUCCUGAUUCGAAAGAUCAAAGGGAAAGAUUUCCAUCCGCGCACUCCGAAUAGGAAGCCAAAAUCUCACAUUUCGAUCCCGGGAUCCACUGCAAGAGCUGCAAAACCACCUGAUCUUUAUCGCGGUUUCAUCGACUACGAUCUCAACCUUUCGCAAUACUGCUUACCUUCAAAGUCUGCUAAACCAUUGAAGAUUCGUAUCACCGGGCCAAAAAGAAAACUACCAAUGGAGGAGGAUAAAGGCAAACCAGAUGAAGCAGAAAGACCAAGAAAAGUUCAUUCUGCAGUGCAAAAUAAGGCGAUGGAUCAACAGAUGCGGGAAAGCCCCGAAAGGGAAUCAAGCCCUGAAGAGAGCUCCUGGAUUAGUUUAGACGAUCUUCAGCCCGGGUACGUGGUGGACCCCGCUUUCAACGUGGUCUACCAGAUCAUGUCCACGGAUCCGAUCGGGAAGUCAGGCCACGACGACCUUCCAGUGUACAGGGUUGCGUAUUCGGAAUGCGAGGACGAUCCGUGCCACAGGAAGUUUGUCUACAACGACUUCCUCUCUGCCAAGAUUGUGAACAUUUCCAGGAACCUGGCCGGGUACACGAAGCUGAGACGGGCUUUAAGAAGGAACGAAACCCUGCUGAAGGACCACCCGAACCUGAUGCAAGUGGAAGCCAGUUUCUUCGACACGGGCGCGCGGGAUUUCUGUGUGGUCAUGGCAUUUGCAGAGUGGGGCUCGCUGAGGACGAUCUUGGCAGACCAUUUCCGGCAGGGCUUUCCGGAGACGUGCAUUGCUCUAGUUUUGAAGCUCGUCCUGGAGGGCGUUUGUUUCCUCCACGAGAACGGAAUCGUCCACGGGGACAUCAAUGCGGGCCACGUUUACGUGCAGAGCGGCCCGAACAUCAAGCUGGGGUACGCGGCCACGGUGUACGACCAUCGGGCACGGGACCUCGAGUGCUCGACUUCGUCCUCGCUGCCCGAGACCGACAUCUCAAGCUGGGCAGCUGCCCCUGAGGUGUACGAUCGCCACGCCGUGACCACCGAGGAGAGCGACGUUUGGCUGGUGGGCAUGUUGGCCCUGGAAUUGGCUUAUGGAGGGAUCCGGGUCCCGGACCGCGAAGCCCUCGGGGUCAUGGUCAGGGGGAUAAACGCGACGAGAGCGCUUCCCAAGGGGUUAGGAAGGGGGAAAAGGGCGUGUCGCGAGGAAGCGGGGAAAGGGAAGGGGAAAAUGGAGGAUACCGGAGAAGAAGAAGAGGAAGAGGAAAGGACGUUUUCGAGAGGGUUCGAGAAGAUGGUGGCGGAAUGCGUGGCAUGGGAUCCCCGGGAACGGCCUACGGCUCGGAGACUAUUGGGGCAUGAGUUCUUCAGGGAGAAUGGGAUGAAGGAGUCUCUGCUGGAGGCUUACUUUGAGGAAGUUGUGAUUGAGAGACUUAGGAAGUAAUGAAUGUUUGGUGUGCCAAUUGUUUGUUAGUAAUGUAGAGCUGAAAAACAUAUGAUCAAAGAGACACAAAUAGGUAUAAGGCUUUGAUAUAGAGUAGAAUACAUAAUGUCAGUGUCACUGCCCCAAAAAAAAAGAAAGAAAAUAAUACACUUGUUUCCCU